AAGUGCAGCAGCUGGUCGGUCGGUUGGUCGGUCGGUGCAUGUAGGCUUCCGAGGUGCAGCUUAUAAUUAGCCGGACAGUGGCGAUGCUUUAACAGUUUGGGUCUCACCUUGUUUGCCGCUGAAUCCGGAGAGGUUUGAGCGCGCUUGUCAAGCCGGGUUUCUUCCACUUGGCGGCGACGCAUGCUGACAACUUGGCAGGCAAGAAGGAGGGAAAUAUGAAGGCUGAUUUGGAGGCUUCUCUGCCUGCUGGCCAGGAGGAUAUCGCAAUCCAGUGCCGAGAUGUGUGCCGGUCGUACGGCAAGCUGAAAGUUCUCAGCAACCUCAACCUGACUGUACCACAGGGACACAUAUAUGGCCUUUUGGGGCCUAGUGGAUGUGGGAAGACCACACUUCUGAAAUGCAUAGUGGGAACUCUGAAAAUCUCGCGUGGUCACAUCGCCGUGUUGGGGAAGCCACCUGCAUUCCCUGGUCAUGAUGUGCCGGGGAAGAUGGUCGGGUACAUGCCGCAGGAGCUGGCGUUGUACAGAGAGUUUACAAUCGGCAACACCCUGACCUUCUUUGGCCGAAUCCACGGCCUGACGUCAAAGGAAACCAAGACACGCAUGGAUUUCCUCAUAGACUUCCUUGAUCUACCUCAGAGAGACAGUCUAGUCCGAAAUCUCAGUGGGGGUCAGAGGCGCAGGGUUUCUCUCGGUGCGGCUCUGCUUCAGAAUCCACAGCUGCUCAUCCUGGACGAACCAACAGUCGGAGUGGACCCUGUUCUUAGGUCUAAGAUCUGGCAGCAUCUGGUGCAGAUUGUGAAGACGGGGAAAGUCUCGGUCAUCAUCACCACACACUACAUAGAGGAGGCCAGGCAAGCCAAUGUGGUCGGUCUCAUGAGGAACGGCCGUUUGCUCGCUGAAGGACCUCCGGACGCACUCAUGAAGCAGCACAAUGCGACAACCCUGGAGCACGCCUUCCUGCAGCUGUGUGAGACGUCGGACCAGAUACUCUCUAAACGGGGGUCCAGUCCGCAGGGUGGGGCGCUGGAGAACAGCCAAUCGUUCGAGAGUGGGCGGGACGAGAGUCAGCCGAUUCUCGCGGUCGGACCAGGAUCUGCAGAAGAAGUUCCAAAAUAUUCAGUGGACUGGAAGGUGCGUGCCAGACAUGUUCUGCCCAAAUGGAGAAACAUCGCUGCCCUGAUGAUCAAAACUAUGGUGCGGAUGAAGAGAAUGCCAGGCUCAUUGUGUUUCCAGUUCUUGCUGCCCGUCAUCCAAGUCUCGCUGAUCUGUUUGUGCAUCGGAGGAGACCCAAAUGGGAUCCAGGUUGCCGUUGUGAACAACGACACCGCCCCCUCCGCUUACAGCCAUUUGCUGCUCUCCUUCCUGGACAACUCCAGUGUGCACCAGGUGCCCUUGUCCCAUACGGAAGCUUUGGAUGGGAUCUAUAACGGAGAGUACUGGGGUGUCAUCGGCUUUGGCAAGAACUUCACCAGCUACCUGACAAAAAGGAUGCUUCAGCGGCAGGUUUCCAGAGAGGUGGUUGAUGGAGGAUCAGUACACGUCUGGCUGGACCUGACAAAUCGACAAAUUGGCUUAAUGCUCCAGAAGAAACUACAUGAGGCCUUUCAGGCCUUUGUGGAGAAUAAGUUGGGCAGCAUGGCAUACCUGGUCGCGCUGCCAAUAAAGUUUGAAGAGCCGAUCUAUGGCAGCCAAGACACAGACUUCACUACGUUUGUGACACCUGGAGCUGUGCUCAGUAUCACCUUCUACCUGGCAGUGGGUCUGACAGCUCUCUCCUUUGUCCUGGAGAGGAAGGAGGGGCUUUUGGACAGGUGCUGGGUCGCAGGUGUAAGCUCUCUGGAGACGAUGCUGGCUCACCUCUUCUCUCAGCUGUUUGUCAUCAGCGUUCAGAUCCUCCUGCUGCUCCUCUUCAUACUGCUCGUCUUCAAGAUACCUAAUGAAGGCUCCUUGGCGCUGGUCAUAGUUCUGAUCGUGCUGCAGGGCAUCACCGGCAUCUCGUUUGGCCUCGUCAUCUCAGCCGCAAUCGACGACGAGCAGAAUGCCAACCAGGCCGCCCUGGGCAUCUUCUACCCUAACCUCAUCCUCAGCGGUAUCAUCUGGCCUGUAGAGUGUAUCCCGUAUCCUCUCCGCUAUGUCAGCCUGGCUCUCCCUCAGACCUACGCCUCAGAAGCCCUUCGCUGUAUAAUGUACAGAGGUUGGGGUCUGUCGCGGAUGAUGGUGUGGCGAGGAUUUGCGGUCACCUUGGGCUGGAACACUUUCUUCAUCAUCCUGGCCACAGUCAUCUUAAAGCUGCGGACGUGACAGCCUCGUCCCAGAGAACCUUCUUUUAGUGUUGGGACAGAGCCGUCAGGCGAAGCCCAAGAGCACAACGACUCACCUGGGCCUCGUGUCCGUGGAGGGACUGGAUGCAGCAAAGAGCAGGAGGAGGGAAGGCACCACUGUAGAUUAAUGAACUGAUGAGGUUGAUGCAUCAUUCUUUCUCAUUCACAUUAUCCAUCACACACACACACACACACACACACAAACACCUAUCAGCUGCCUGAUUCUGCAACAGUUGCUUUGGCCUGCAAGAGUGAAAUUUCAAAAUGCUACACGUAGAAGUAUGCAAGACAGAAUAUGUACAUGCACAAAAUGAAAAUAUGUUAAAUAGUUAAUGAUAACUGAGGAAAGUGUUUAGUCCUAUGGUUUGUUUUACUUCUAUGUGCAGCUUGUUGGAACAUUUCACCACCAGAUUGGACCAUGUACCAACUCAGGGUCGCUUUUUUUAUUUCUGUUUGCUCUCGCUCUCAAUGCUUAUAGAGAGAUUUGGUGGUGAAUAUACUGACUAUAGCUGUCGGACAAUGCUUGUGUCCGCACAGUAUUUGUUGCUUACCUUAUAUUUGCAUUAUAGCGAAAUUGUAUGGAAAUGUGAAAAGGAGUCUGAGCACAACCAGAACAUGUUAAAACUGUCAUUUUCUCCAGUUGCUUCGCUAAGCAGAACACUUAAUGUUGUUGCAUUAUGUCACGGGAACCCAGAAUAGGUUUCAAAGUGCUGAUCGCUUCAUAUUGUUCAGGAAAUUCUCACCCAUUCAGGCUUCCCACAGCAGCAGUAUCUUCUUUAGUCAAGUCUGUGUUGAUAUGUACGUGCCCUAUCUGGUGUGUGACAGGAAGUGGUAACUCAUGUUGGUGUGUUACGAGGCUCUCAGCUGCAAACGGUCGUCCUCAUUCUUAGUUCAGGUUGAUGGUCGUCUCCAAAACGUAUGUUUAUGAGCCUGCAUCUCCGGUGAGAGGGAUGAGCGUGGUUUGAUGUUGGUGAUGGGAAAGACUUGGUACUGUAUAAUUAAGAGUGGAGGAUGUUGGAUAGAUUCUCAGGUCAGGUGUGUCAUGCUCUUCAAGCCGCUUGCAUCCAUGCAACAUAUGUUCUGUUUUUUACACAAAAGUUUCAAGCUGUGGCCAGGUUAGCUCAGUUGGUAGAGCAGGCCCACAUAUAAAGAGGUUAACUCCUUGAUGCCGCGGGUUUGACUCAGACCUGCGGCCCUUUGCUGCGUGUCAUUCUCCCCUUUCAUUUCUUCAGCUGUCCCCAGCUGGAAAUUAAAUAAUCUUUAAAAAAAAAAAAGAAAUUCAAACUGCUCAUACUCUACACAGUAUACUUUUUUUAAUGAAUCUUCCACCAACAAUAGCACAGAGUAAAAGCACACAGGAGUAAUGCUGUUUUGGAUUCAACAUGUCGCGGUGAUGUGGGGACGCUGUGGUGUCUGCACUGUGUUGGAAAAGGGAAGAAAUAUCCAGAAAUGAGGAAUAACUGAAAUCUAAACAAUGAGUAGUUGGAAUGUAGUUGGUGAGUGAAGUCACCGUUGGUUUAGAACGACUGAGUUUGAGUCAAAAACUUGAUUUCUCUUCCUUUUUUUGUACAAAUAAUCACUCAUGAA